UCACCCUGCUAGCGGCCUAGCAAAUCUCUGUACAUCCUCUCCGUGCUGCGAAAUUACGUCAUGUCUUACCGGGAGCUUCGCAAUUUCACAGAGAUGAUGCGGGUUCUGGGGUACCCUCGCCUCAUCUCUAUGGAGAGUUUCAGAACCCCAAAUUUCCCUUUGGUGUCAGAGGUGCUGAUCUGGCUGGUGAAAUGGUAUGAACCUCAGUCAGAUAUCCCUACAGAUGUGGAUACCGAGCAAGACAGAGUGUUCUUUAUUAAGGCUGUGGCACAGUUUAUGGCCACCAAAGCACACAUAAAGCUAAACACCAAAAAGCUGUAUCAGUCAGAUGGAAAUGCUGUGCAGGAGCUUCUGAAGAUAACCACUGUGUUAUGUAACGCUAUGAAAACCAAAGGCAUAGACAGCAACCAGCUAGAGGCAGAGGAAACCUCAAGCUUUAAGUUUGAUUUAGGAGCAAAAAUUGCAGAUUUGAAGAUGGCCAGACAACUUGCGUCUGAAAUUACUUCUAAAGGAGCUACACUAUGUGAUCUCCUGGGUAAGGAGGCUGAUCUGAGGGAAAAGAGAACAGCUGCCAUUGCUCGUCCACUGGAAAUAAAUGAGACAGAGAAGGUUCUAAGGGCGUCCAUCAAAGACGUCCAGGAACAAGUCCAAAAGAUGAAGGAUCUUCUAAGCAAUGUGGCAUCUGACGAGGCAAACCUUGAGUCCAAGAUUGAAAAACGCAAACAGGAGCUGGAAAGGAACUGAAAACGACUGCAAACUUUACAGAGUGUCAGACCUGCAUUUAUGGAUGAGUAUGAGAAGACCGAAGAGGAGCUGACAAAGCAAUAUGAAGUUUAUGUGGAAAAGUAUCGCAAUCUCUGCUUCCUGGAGCAGCAACUUGAGGAUCACCACCGGAUUGAGCAGGAGCGUUUUGAGGAAGCAGAGAAUGUCCUGCGUCUAAUGCAAAGCAAGCUGAAGGAGGAGGAGAACCGAAUACAGAAAUCUGCAAAUAGUAAUGAAGACUCAGACAGUGAAAUCCAGGAGGAUGAAGGCUCAGAUGACAUAGAGGACGAUGACAUGCGACUGGGGAAAACUCGAAUUGGUCGUGGUGUCCCAAUUCAAGGACGAGGAGGGUUUGUUAUGGGUACGAUGCGUGGAGGAGAAAGCGAAGAUGAGGACGAAUCAGAUGAGAGUGAGAUUGAUGUGGAUGAUGAUGAUGAAGACGAUGACGAUGAAGAGGACAUCCUGAGAGAAAGAAGACACAAUACAGAAAUGUCUCUGGGAAAAGCUGCUCGUCGGAUGAGGAGAACAGAGCACCUUGUGGAAUCUGAUACAGAUUUCUAGAGGCACUUUCCAUACUGUUGGGGUCUCACCCCUUUAAUUAUCCCUGUUCCUUUUUUCUAUAUCUGAUUUCUUGUUCUCCAGUAUACGUGAACUCUGUUUUCUAAAUGUAAAUACAAUAUGUUUUUCUGAAGUUCAAACACAGAUUAUUCAGACAUUACAAACCUUAAAUAAACGUUUAUUUUUCAUGUAAAAAAAAAC